CGAUUAAUAACAAAAUAAUAAAUAGCCAAUAGUGAUCGAGCUCUAAGAGUCAGUGUUUUCUUGCUGCACGUACGCGCACGCACACGGAAAUGAGGAUAAAAUGAUAUUCAAUGCGAAUGUCAUUACGUUGAGUGUGUCUCGAUGCUGAUAGUAAAUAGGUCCACUCGUUACAGUUUGGAGUGGAGGCUGGAUCCUGGACUCUCCGGAAUAUUAGAUCAUGUCGUUUUUACGUGGCUCUGCCAAUUAUGUGUGGUGCACGACUAGCGUACUGGGUAAAGGAGCAACCGGCGCCGUAUUUCAAGGGGUGAAUAAAAAUAAUGGCGAGCCAGUAGCUGUAAAGACGUUCAACCAAGUUAGUCACAUGCGGCCUCACGAUGUACAAAUGCGAGAAUUUGAAGUUUUGCGUAAAGUGAAGCAUGAAAAUAUUGUUAAACUGUUAGCCAUCGAAGAAGAACAGGAUGGGCGAGGAAAAGUUAUAGUAAUGGAGCUCUGCACAGGCGGUAGUUUAUUUAACAUCUUAGACGAUCCUGAAAAUACGUAUGGCCUAGCAGAGGAAGAGUUCUUACUUGUUUUGGAACAUUUAUCGGCUGGUAUGAAGCAUUUACGAGACAAUAAUUUGGUUCAUCGCGAUCUCAAGCCUGGAAAUAUUAUGAAAUUCAUAGCGGAUGAUGGUAGCACUAUAUAUAAAUUAACUGACUUUGGAGCUGCUCGAGAAUUACAAGAAGAUCAACAAUUUGUGUCAUUAUACGGAACCGAGGAAUACCUUCAUCCAGAUAUGUACGAGCGAGCGGUACUUAGGAAACCAGUGGAUAAAAGUUUUGGGGCGACGGUGGAUCUUUGGUCGAUAGGUGUAACCUUGUAUCACGUGGCAACUGGCCAAUUGCCAUUCAGGCCACACGGUGGUCGGAGAAAUAGAGAAACCAUGUUUUAUAUAACUACAAAAAAGGCAUCCGGUGUCAUAGCUGGUGCGCAAAUGACAGAAAACGGCCCAAUCGAUUGGAGUAGAGAAUUACCGCACAGUUGUCGCUUAAGUGCCGGUCUAAGGAGAUACGUUACCCCUCUGUUGGCGGGAUUAUUAGAAGUCGAUCGACAAAAAAUUUGGAGUUUUGAUAGAUUUUUCUCCAGAGUUACGGACACUCUCUGCAGACGACCAGCUAUCAACAUUUUUGACGUUCAUGGAGGUAAUUUAAUAAAAAUAUAUUUACAUCCAGAGGAGGAACGUUUUGCUGCAUUUCAAGCUCACAUCCAUGAUCAGACGAGUAUCCCAGCCAGGUCUCAGAUACUUCUAAAGGGUCAGAUAUCCAUUUUACAACUAGUAGAAAUCUCAACUCCUGGAAAAGGUUAUCCAUUGACGUCAGUGGACGAGCCAUUACAUUUAUUCUCAAGAGAAAAUAACAACGUAAUGGUGCCGUUAGAUUCAGAGCUUCCAAAAUUUCCCAUUUUUGCCAAUUUAGUGUCAGUAGAGAUCGACGCCAGUCAAGCCAAAUCCGCUUGUUCGGUUGGACACGAGUGCAAAAGGAGAAUCGACAAAAUAGCAAGAUGCAGCAAAUUGUCUCAGGAUGCAGUUACAUCGUUUGUUAAUUAUUUAGUCACAGAACUUGGUAGAGCUCUGGAAAAGUGUCAAAGAGCCAAGGAUUUCACUAAAGCCGUAGAGGAUCUAGCGAUAGCUAUCGAGAGAGGAGAAGCCAUAGCUAAGCAAGUGUUUCUAGGCAUUCGUAUAAAUCAAGGAUCAAGCUCUUCGACUAGUGUAUUAUCGACAUCACCAACAGGAUCGAAUUUAUCAUCUGCAACGCAAAAUUCUGUAGUCCCAUCCUUUGAAGUGAAAAGCUGGAAGAAGGAAUUGGACGUAAAGAGUAACGAACUAUUCGGAGAAUUGGCACCUGCAAUAUCUCAAUUGCAUCAACGAUAUGUUAAGGAAAAUUGCUUGAGAAGCGAAUGGGAUACUAACACACGUGGAUUAUGGUGCCCAUGGGCAAGUAAAGCAAGUCAAAAAGCCGCGACCUUGGUCGAUCGCUUGAGAGAUGGUUGGCAGCAUCUUUUACGAGAUCGAGCCACGCGAAGCCUCACGUACAAUGACGAACAAUUUCAUGUUCUGGAGCGCAUUAAAGUAACCGAGACCGGACGUCGCAUGAAGGAUCUCCUGGAGAAGCAGGUGAUCCCCGCGAUAACCCAACACUCGGAAUGCCUCGCCGAUUGGUACAAAAUGGCACAGACGGUGUUCCUUCAGACGCAGAUCCUCGACAAGGACAUCGACAACUACAACCGCAUGCUGGAGAGCUUCUCGUUGAGCCUGUCUCAGGAAGGCAAGGAGCGAUACGACCACAUAUGCCGUUCGAUAGAUUCUUGGCUGCCGAGAAUGAGUCAGCAGUCCAGCAAAACUAUGAAUGAGUCCGAGAGCGAAGUGAACGAACUCAGAAAACGUCGUGCGAUUAUGGAGGAGGGCAAAUGGAAGGACAUAUGCUCGAUGCAGAAGCAAAUACUCAUGGUACUUUAUAAGAAUAAUAAACUCGUCGAUGAGCUCAACAAUUGGACUCUCAACGAGAUGGCGAGCACAUCCUCCACCGAGGAGCUCCAUCUUUUGACUAUGGGCAAUUAGCCGGAGGAUUUACGAGGUCAUAGCGAUAAGGACUCAAAGUGCAAUGACGACGCGUCAAUAAUCAUUUCAUUUAACGAACAUCGUUACCUCGUUUGUUCGUCUUAAUUCUUUCGCCUUAAUUCAUUACACCAAGUGUAGUGAUUUACGAUUCU